CACAUAACUUCCGGUAGAAUGAGUACACGCAAGAUUCGACAUUAUGCAAACCUUUCGUUUUGUCUGGACUUUUGGCCACCUAAGUAUUAUCUAUGCAUUGCUCGUAGUUCUCGACGGCGUGAACACACAGACUUCACACGCUCAAAUAAAGCGUGAAUUUUCGCAAGAGGUGAACAACGUUCGCAAAAUAAAUACGUCGCGUUACCAUGGGAACACCUACGAAGAACUCCGAGUUAUAUUUGGUAUGAAUAAAAAUAAAAAGACUCACCCAACAUCACAGACGCCUCUCAACCAUGCGGCCAGUCCAACAAACACAGAAUAUGAUAGCGCGGGGGGACACGACGCUGAGAGUCAUGGACAACCUCAAUCUGUCAGAAAAUCGCAGCAAGUGGUUGAGUCAAAUUCAAACGAAAUUGACGGCGUGAGGAGUGGAAAACGCCAUUUUCAACUUGGACAUGCUGGCUUGGCAACUCGUCGGGAAUAUACCGUUUCUUCCACGGUAAAAACUACAAACAUGUUUGUUGGUAACGGAAAUGUUUCUCACAUUGUGAAAACAUUGACGUGGAAAGAAAUUCAGAGACAAAAGUUUUCCCACAUGGUCCAAGAGUCGCCGAUGUUGCUGGGGGCAGGUGUUGGAGUGACCGGGAGUGUGAUAGUCGCACUGAUGGUAACCGCCAUCUACUUGAUUCUCAAACGACGCAGGACUCGAUGUGCGAAGUUACAGGAAGUGAGUUUUGGCACACCCAAAGAGGAGAAACCUAUAUACAUCAAACUGUCUCAACUACAUCGACCCAAACGUAGCCCCAACUAUGUCGUCACAGUACUGGACGAGUCCAACUUCUCUGUGGACAGUGAUGGGAGUUCCGAGGAAGAGCUGUUUGAUCUGUCGACUGUUGUGGGAGGGGGAGGGAGUCCAUGCCAGAAAAACAAUUUACGGACUUUCAACAAGACGUCAACACCGACGAAAGACAACCGCUUCAGGUGAUGGCGAUUGUUUGCUGGGCUGUGAUACCCUUGAGUGAUACAAAGAGCAAGAAGGACGGUUGGGGCAGUGUUUAAUAGCUUAGCAGUACAUUUUGAUCAGAAAUAGCAGAACAGUGACCAUAUGUAGCGUUUGUAAUAUAGCUCUUGAACAAAUCCUGAUCAUUGGUGGGAACAA